ACUAGUAUGUGUGUGUGGCUAGUGGCUACUGACUCCUCUCUCUUUACUGAUUUUCAGAGUACAGUAGGCAUGUGUGUGUGUAUAUGUUAGCUUGACUCUUGUUCAUCCGCCACUAUAUCCUUGUUGUAUUUUGGCUUUUAAUUCUCUUCUCGGUCCUCAUAUAGUCAAUACGGGCGGUCGUCUUGAUGCAAUCCAUAAUAAGUUUGGAUUGAUUUUUUCCCAUGGCAAACCUUAACUUGGAAAAAGAUGUUUCAGGUGUUUUGAGAUCAUUUUCAGAUUCACCGCCAACUCAUUACUCCGUAGAAAUACAGUUGUUUUCGUUGCUUAUUGAAACGUACUCAGAGAAUGGAUAUGAAUCGAAGGAGUUUGAAGCUGGAGGGUACAAAUGGAAACUGGUGUUUCACCCAAAUGGAAACAAAAAGAAGAAUGUAAAAGACCACAUCUCCCUCUACUUGGUAAUAGCUGGAACAGAUUCACUAGAUAGUAGUUGGGAAGUAUAUGUUGAUUUCAGACUGUUUCUGCUCGAUCAGAAUAAGGGAAACUACUUGGUUUUUGAAGGUAUAAAUCAAUUAUUUACUUCAGUAUAAAUAUAUUCCUAUAUG